AUGGAUGAUAAUCCAAGAAAAAGAGCAUCAAGUUCUCAAAUUCCUAUUGUCAUUGCAAGCAGUGAAUGUCUAAUGAAUAAGCUUGCAUCCUGUUUGAUAAUGGACAUACUAUCAAGAUUGCCCAUCAAGACCAUCUUGAAUUGCCGGUGUCUUGCUAUUGAAACCAUAUCCAACAAUCCUGAACCAAGAAACCUCCAGCUUGUCCAAAUAACUGGAAAGCCUCUUGGUUUGCGCUUCCGUGUUGUUGAAGAAAUGAAGUUUGUUCCCGGAAUCAACUUACCCUAUAAUGAUUUCUUGAUCGAAAACUCUUGUAAUGGGCUUCUUUGCAUUUCUGAAACAUUCCAAGACGGCUCCCAUGAUGACAUUUAUUUGUGCAAUCCAAUUUUGGGGGAGUAUAUCUCCAUUCCACUCGCUGCUGGUCAAGGUACAAGGCAAAAGAGUAGUUUCAGAUUGGGAUACAGUGCCAUUACUAAAGAAUACAAAGUGUUGCACACUUUUUGUUCGAAGACAGGGUCUUAUUACCAACCUGAGGCUGAUAUAUACACGAUUGGUACAGGGAAAUGGAGUAGUAGUCAAAAAGCUCUUCUUAAUCUUGAUAUGUUCAUUGUGGAUAGUUUUGUGUGCGGAUCAAUCCAUUGGGAACUUCGUGAUGAAGACGAAUGUGUGAAUGGUAUAGGUUCUUUUGACUUUGAGAAUGAGCAAAUUAGCCAAUUGUCCUUACCGCCUCGCUAUAAUGAGGACCAUGACUAUGGGAUCAAGGAGUCUUGGACCAAACAAUUUACCGUCAAGAACCUAGGUUUUGCCAAGCUUUAUGAGCCCUUGAUUUUCUUGAACAAUGGAUUAAUCUUGAUGAUGCAAUAUCUUGAAUUUGUCGUUUGUUAUGACACUAGAAGGAAAUUCAUGGAAGUUAUUAGAAUAUGGCAGACUCAGGGAAACAAUUAUGCAAGUGCAUACAAACCAUCCUUUGUUUCGCUGAAGGAUGUAGGAAAAGGAGAACAGUUGAAGAUGUCAAGGAAGGAGCAAUUCCCACUUGAAGUUCUUGUUCUUCAAGAACACAAUCAGGUCUUCGCAUUGAAGCAAGCUGGUAGAGAAGAUGACAAAUCCUCCUCUAAAGGAGCAUACAACUGCACCAGUCAUGAUCAACUUUAUGAGAGCAUUCCUCCACGGCACUAA